UCGGACCCACUAAAAACGGAGGACCAAUUUCCUGUCAAAAACUCAGCCAAAGUCUCGCGAGAUAAUAGCGUCUUCCUCUUUGCACGGAACCUGCUUCCAAGAUGUCUUUGGUCAUCCCUGAGAAGUUCCAGCACAUUCUUCGUGUUCUCAACACGAACAUUGAUGGUAGGAGGAAGAUCGCCUUCGCCAUUACGGCCAUCAAGGGUGUAGGCAGACGCUACGCUCAUGUCGUCCUAAGGAAAGCUGACAUUGACCUCAACAAGAGGGCUGGAGAGCUCACUGAGGAGGAGGUUGAGCGGGUAGUGACUAUCAUGCAGAACCCUCGUCAGUACAAAAUCCCAGACUGGUUCCUUAACAGGCAAAAGGACGUCAAGGAUGGCAAAUACAGCCAAGUCCUCGCCAACGGUUUGGACAACAAGCUGAGAGAAGAUUUGGAGAGACUGAAGAAGAUCAGGGCUCAUCGUGGUCUCAGACACUUCUGGGGUCUCCGCGUGCGCGGUCAGCACACCAAGACCACCGGCCGUCGUGGUCGCACUGUCGGUGUGUCCAAGAAGAAGUAAACUCCCUGCUUCCCUUUGUUUCAAUAAAACACCACACUUCACAAAAUUUA